CCUGUCUGUAGCUGCUGCCAUGACCAGUGUCACCUCGAGGGGAAACACAUUUUUUACAAAGCAAAUGUUGAAACAGUUGUAGUUUUGUUCGUGUGCGGGGUCUGAAGUGAGAGAGGGGACGUUUCUUUUUUAGGGGCACAACAUUACCGACCGAGUGAGGGGAUCGGAGCAGCACAUUUACACCAAAAUGGCAACCCCCUAUGUUCAAGAUGACUCUGGGAAAUAUAUUGCAGCCACUCAGCGACCUGAUGGCACAUGGAGGAAGCCGAGACGGGUGAAGGAUGGUUAUACCCCCCAGGAAGAAGUCCCUGUCUAUGAAAACAAGUAUGUGAAGUUUUUCAAGGGCAAACCAGACCUUCCACCAGGCCUGAACCAAGCUGACGCUGCUUCGCCAAAGCAGAUCCCCGGCUGCGUGGACAGUGAGACAGCCGGUCUCUCAAAGGCUGCCAAGCGCAACAUGAAACGUAAGGAGAAACGAAAACAGCAGCAGCCUCAGGGCCCGGACGGGGACGCUGAUGUGGAAUCAGUAAGCGAAGCUGUCGAGAACGUGUCCAUUUCAGACGGCGGCGAGUCUUCAGACAAGGCGGCGGCCAUCUCUGUCUCGUCUCCUGAUGAAUCCCCAGCUGAAAAAGCCAAGAAGAUCAAAAAUCUGAAAAAGAAGCUUCGACAGGUUGAGGACCUGCAGCAGAAAAUGGACUCGGGGGAAAUAAAAGAGCCGACAAAAGAUCAGUUGGAAAAGCUCGGUCGGGCAGAGGCCUUACAAGCUGAGUUACAGCAGCUGGAGUGUGAUUCUUGAAGCAUUUAAGGACAACAGAUGAUAAGUCAGACAGACCGUACGCACAAACUUCAUACUGAAAGUCAGGAAAACGGACCUUUGCAGCUUUGUGAUCGUAGCUUCCAUUAAACAUGCUCUACGUGUUUGAUAUUCAUUAUGGACUUUGGAAGUGAACUCAGUCCGCCUCCCGAGCAGAGAGUGACAGGAUGUCCACGCAGCAAGAACUGACGAGCCCGUUUUCUGGAUUCAGAUCUCUAUGAAACAUUAGGACUCCUGCUCAUAUUCUUGUUUUGGUCAGGCAAUUCAUUUAUAAAUAUAUUUUAAAGAGAUCAUUGUGAACUGUGUUGUGCACGUCUGUCCUUCGCAUUUUGUACCUUUAGAACAAAAAAACAAAACAAAAAAAACAUUUUCUGUUGAAGAGUAAGUUUGUUGACCUGUCUGCUUUAGGAAUUAACACAACACUUUUGUCAAUGAUUGGAUGACCCAUUGUGGUCAUACUAAUGUUGAGGCACUGUCCAUACAGUCAUUACAUGAAUUAAAACUACAUGCUGUGUAAAAACGUUUAUCUCAUUUUGCUUUUUAGUAAAAACACAUUGACUAUAAUGAACUCAGUGAGUAACGUGAA